CUGGGACGCAGAAGGCGGUGGAGCCCCGGCGGCGGCGGCGGCGGCGGCGGCGGCAGCGCGCGGGAGCGGCGCGGGCUGGGGCGCGGGGCGCAGGCAGGGGAGCAGACCUCUGGGCUUCUGCUGGGUGUCAUGCACCAGUGUGCUGAUCGUGUCACAGUGCCCCGCUCUGUCUCCCCAUGGCUGUCAGUUGAGCUUUUGUGGAUUUCAUCUUCAUCGCAAAAUAACCAAGAUUAACGAAUAAUGAACACCUUGGUGAUCACUGAGGAUUUACCAUGGGCCUUUGAAGAGGAUAGCUCUGGUUUGCAGGUGAAGAAAUAGGGGCUUGGUGAAGAAUAAUCAUGGGCCAGACUGGGAAGAAAUCUGAGAAGGGACCAGUUUGUUGGCGAAAACGUGUAAAAUCAGAGUACAUGCGGCUGCGACAGCUCAAGAGGUUCAGGCGAGCUGAUGAAGUGAAGAGUAUGUUUAGUUCCAAUCGUCAGAAAAUUUUGGAAAGAACGGAAAUCUUAAACCAAGAAUGGAAACAGCGAAGGAUACAGCCUGUGCACAUCCUGACUUCUGUGAGCUCAUUGCGAGGGACCAGGGAGAAAAGCAGUGUGAGAUUAUAUACACUAUCAUUUUCAACAGAAGGGCUAGCUGAUUUAAAACCUGGCCAUUCACCUGCUCUUCCCUCUACGAUUUUCCAUAACACAGUUUUUACUUGGAACGAGCCUUCUGCCAAGAGUCUCAGUUUGGUUGCGCGCUCCUACAGCUAUUUUUGGCUUGACUUCCCUCUCCAGCUCCCAGUGGUCCAGCCACACAGUCGCCUAUUGUACCAGCUGGUUGAUUGUUCAGUGACCAGUGACUUGGAUUUUCCAACACAAGUCAUCCCAUUAAAGACUCUGAAUGCAGUUGCUUCUGUGCCCAUCAUGUACUCUUGGUCUCCCCUACAGCAGAAUUUUAUGGUAGAAGAUGAAACUGUUUUACAUAACAUUCCUUAUAUGGGGGAUGAAGUUUUAGACCAGGAUGGGACUUUCAUUGAAGAACUAAUAAAAAAUUAUGAUGGAAAAGUCCAUGGGGAUAGAGAAUGUGGGUUUAUAAAUGAUGAAAUCUUUGUGGAGUUGGUGAAUGCUCUUGGCCAGUACAAUGACGACGACGACGAUGACGAUGGAGGUGAUCCUGACGAAAGAGAAGAGAGACAGAAAGACCCAGAGGGGGGCCGAGAUGAUAAAGGAAGCCGCCCACCUCGGAAAUUUCCUUCUGAUAAAAUUUUUGAAGCCAUUUCUUCAAUGUUUCCAGAUAAAGGCACAGCAGAAGAGCUAAAGGAAAAGUAUAAAGAACUCACCGAGCAGCAGCUCCCGGGCGCACUUCCUCCUGAAUGUACCCCGAACAUAGAUGGACCGAACGCUAAGUCUGUUCAGAGGGAGCAAAGCUUGCAUUCAUUUCAUACACUUUUCUGUAGGCGAUGUUUUAAAUAUGACUGCUUCCUACAUCCAUUUCAUGCAACACCCAACACUUACAAGCGGAAAAACACGGAAACUGCUCUCGACAACAAACCCUGUGGACCACAGUGUUACCAGCAUUUGGAGGGAGCAAAGGAGUUCGCGGCCGCGCUCACAGCCGAGCGGAUAAAGACGCCGCCCAAGCGCCCCGGAGGCCGCCGGAGGGGCCGGCUUCCCAACAGCAGCCGGCCCAGCACCCCCACCAUCAACGUGCUGGAGUCAAAGGACACGGACAGCGACAGGGAGGCCGGGGCGGAGACCGGCGGGGAGAACAACGAUAAGGAGGAGGAGGAGAAAAAGGACGAGACGUCCAGCUCCUCGGAAGCAAAUUCUCGAUGUCAGACACCAAUAAAGAUGAAGCCAAAUAGUGAGCCUCCCGAGAACGUGGAGUGGAGCGGAGCUGAGGCCUCUAUGUUCAGAGUUCUCAUCGGCACGUACUACGACAACUUCUGCGCCAUUGCCAGGCUGAUCGGGACCAAGACGUGCAGACAGGUGUACGAGUUUCGAGUCAAAGAAUCCAGCAUCAUAGCUCCCGCCCCUGCCGAAGAUGUCGAUACUCCUCCAAGGAAGAAGAAAAGGAAACACCGGUUGUGGGCUGCACACUGCAGAAAGAUACAGCUGAAGAAAGACGGCUCUUCUAACCACGUUUACAACUAUCAACCCUGUGACCAUCCACGGCAGCCUUGUGACAGUUCGUGCCCUUGUGUGAUAGCACAAAAUUUUUGUGAAAAGUUUUGUCAGUGUAGUUCAGAGUGCCAGAACCGCUUUCCCGGCUGCCGCUGCAAAGCACAGUGCAACACCAAGCAGUGCCCAUGCUACCUGGCUGUGCGCGAGUGCGACCCCGACCUCUGCCUUACGUGCGGAGCUGCUGACCACUGGGACAGCAAGAACGUGUCUUGCAAGAACUGUAGUAUUCAGCGGGGCUCCAAAAAGCAUUUGCUGCUGGCCCCAUCUGAUGUGGCUGGCUGGGGGAUUUUCAUCAAAGAUCCUGUGCAGAAAAAUGAAUUCAUCUCGGAAUACUGUGGUGAGAUUAUUUCCCAAGAUGAAGCAGACCGGAGAGGGAAAGUGUAUGACAAGUACAUGUGCAGCUUUCUGUUCAACUUGAAUAAUGAUUUUGUGGUGGAUGCAACCCGCAAGGGUAACAAAAUCCGUUUUGCAAAUCAUUCAGUAAAUCCGAACUGCUACGCCAAAGUUAUGAUGGUUAAUGGAGAUCACAGGAUAGGGAUUUUUGCUAAGAGAGCCAUCCAGACUGGUGAAGAGCUGUUUUUUGAUUACAGAUACAGCCAGGCUGAUGCUCUGAAGUACGUGGGCAUCGAAAGAGAAAUGGAAAUCCCUUGACAUCUGCUACCUCCUCAUCCCCCCCCUCCUCUGUGGAACAGCUGCCUUAGCUUCAGGAACCUCGAGUACUGUGGGCAAUUUAGAAAAAGAAAAUGCAGUUUGAAAUUCUGAAUUUGCAAAGUACUGUAAGAGUAAUUUAUAGUAAUGAGUUUAAAAAUCAACUUUUUAUUGCCUUCUCACCAGCUGCAAAGUGUUUUGUACCAGUGGAUUUUUGCAAUAAUGCAGUGUGGUCCAUUUUUCAACUCUGAAUAAAGAAUACUUGAACUUCC